GGCGGGCACUAUGCUGUUCCCGAUUGGCGCCGAAAAUAAGGAGUCCGCGAAGUCUGAACUCUAGGCGGGGAACAUGGCGAACAAGCUCAUCAAUGAGAUGGGACUGCCCAAACGGAUGGCUAAUAUCUUCGCUGCUCGUAACAUCAUCACUGCCAAGGACGCGUUAUCUCUCACUGAAUUUGAGUUGAUGGAGUUGCUGGACGUUGGUCUGGCUGAAGUAACGUCUGCGGUAGCACACAUUAGUGAAGUUGUGUGUCCACCUUGUCAAACUGCUUUGUAUCUGAUGGAACAUCGAGCACAACACGAAAAUUUGGCCGGUCAUCUUCCCACUCGUUUGAAAGGACUAGAUGACGCUUUGUGUGGCGGCAUACCAUUUGGUGCUUUGACAGAGUUGGUUGGUCCAGCUGGAAUUGGCAAAACGCAGUUUUGUUUGAAGCUCUCAUUGCUAGCUUCUUUGCCCCCAAGCUAUGGAGGCUUAGAUGGCCGAGUAAUCUAUAUAGAUGCUGAAUCAAAAUUCAGUUCUAAAAGACUGAUAGAGAUUGGAAUUAAGAGUUUUCCUGAAAUAUUUCACAAGAAGGGAAUGGCACAGGAGAUGGCCGGUAGAAUCCUGAUUCUGCGCCCCACUUCACUGUCUGAAUUCACUGAGAGUCUGCAUCAGAUCAAGCUAUUAAUCCUCCAGCAACAAGUGAAGUUGCUCAUCAUUGAUAGCAUGGCUGCUCUUGCUCUAGGAGAAGAGAGUGGAGCUUCUAGACAGCAAGCACUGGGUUGGCAUGUUUCAUUUAUCAAGUCACUUGCUGAAUUUUCACGAAUUCCAGUUGUUGUGACAAAUCAAGUAAGAUCUCAAAUUGUUGAUGAAGCUUGUCUGUAUCCCUUCCAAGUUGCCCAGUGUCACGCUGGAAAGAAACACAAUUCUGCUGGAUAUGAUUCUCACCUUGUUGCUGCUCUGGGAAUUAGCUGGGCUCAUGCUGUGACCGUACGCCUUGUACUUGAGGCUAAAUCAGGUCAAAGGUUUAUUAAGUUGUCAAAGUCUCCCGUCUCACCCCCUCUGGCUUUCCGGUUUAAAAUAACCUCAUCAGGGAUAGUCCUGCUAGACAAUAUCGGGAUGGAGCUGAAAGGGUCUGAUAUAAAUACAAUCCACUUCCAAGGCCAAAACACGUUGUUCAGUUUUGAAGGGGAAAAGUUGCAGUAAUCAGUUGAUUGUCUGCUUUUGUCGAAAGCAUGAGAUGGCACAGCAAUACCUACCAUAUUCGUCCCUUAAAAAGACACAGCUAUCUUCAGCGCCAUGCUUCUUGCUUGGGAUGUGUAUAAAGCAUCUUGUAGCUUUUCAUGCUUGAGCUGGAGAUUUCAUAUUUAUUUUCCCCUUGCAUUACAAACUACGUCUUAUAUUUAGAACCAGAUUUUGUAACUCUGAGUGCCUUGACAUAAUUACCUUGAUAUAAUAAUACUAUAAUACUACCUCUAGUCUUAAAUUUAAGAUCUAAUUUACAUGA